AUGGACUCUGAAACACUGUCCACUUACUGGGACGGUACUCGGCUGUCAUCAUCACCUUUCUCGCAACAAGGAUGGUCCCGACUAUCUCCAUCCUAUGGACCGCCAACAAGCGAUGCGGGCCCCUCACACCACGCAGAUUUGCGUCACUAUGAAUCUGCAUUAGACGAGUCAGAUCGAUCAUACCGAUCAACUGCCCUGCAUCAAGCUCACGGGCUACGGCCUCUGUCCCGACGAGACAGGCCUGCCAACCCUGCUGCCUAUAGACAAUCGCCCCCUGUACCAACCCAGCCUGUUCUUGUCAGAGCGUACUCCGGCAAUGCGGAGGGUGCAACUGCAAGAUCGUCGACUAUGUCUCCGCGCCGACUGUUCCCGUUCACGGGUUCAAAGAGUUCGGCUUCCUCCCACUCACCGGGCCCGCCUCUCCCCUCGGACAAGGAUUUCAGUAUCGAAAGUAUACUGCAGGCCAUCGAACCCGAUAUCCGUGGGACCCUUGACUCCAUUGCUGAUAUCUGCGGACGAAGCAAGCUUAGUCUUGCUAAUGAAUAUGGCAGUCACAUCGCCCCUCUUGGUGAGAUCCGAGCACCCCCGAGUGGCCUGGUGCCUGUUGAAGAAGUCAGUAUGAGUGACGAACUACGUGAUGAAGCCGUCGUGAUCUUCGAUGAUGAUCACAACAUCAUGGACGCUGGUCGCGAUACACAUCCUUUCUCAUUCUAUCGCUACGUUGAGAAUCUCCGGCAAGCUGCCUCGGCACUGGAACAAAAUAGAGACCCUGGUUCUGCAGAACCAGCACGGUCAAUCACUGCACGGCCUGAAACAUCAAAUAAUCGCACUGCUGUCAUAUCAGAAGCGGAUGAUAUGAAUUACCCGAAUACUCGAGACUUCAUUUCAAGGCCAAAGCACUCUGGGCGAGACCUACUCGCUAAGAACGCGAUUCUUGAACAUGAGUUUGCGCCACAAGAUAUCGCGACCCACGCCGUCGUUUCCGAGGUACAUUUGGAUGCCCGGGCUGAUGGAAGACACCUAGUAGAGAACAUCGGUGGCUCUGCGAUGACUUCUUCGGCGUCCAUGCACCCUAACCAGUGGCAAGCACCUGACAUUAUAAACUCUUUACUUGGUUGGCUUCGCUGGACGGCACGAAUAGCUGGAACAGAGAAUCAGCCUGCUUUGCAAUCAGCCGAGAGCCGUUUGAGAGCUAUGCUACAACAGUCAGCCGGCGACGGGACUUCUCAAUCGUUGUCUUAG